AGCGCCCUGGUAGCGCCAGCUCGUACCGGGCUUGCACUCAGCUACCAUUGUUGGUUUUCAAAGUUUUGCUGUUCUAUCUUCAUCCACUCCGAAUCGGAUCCCGCCGUUCUAACCCUCAUUAUGCCUGAAGAAACUACACCCUUGCUGAAUCCAACUGUGGCUGCAAGCUCAACGCGAACCCUCGGUGACGGUGGAGCGUCCAGCAAUACGAGCCACGCAACUUCCGCAAAACCAGAUGUCGAAGCCGGGCAUGAUGCAAUAUACAAUAGAUUCUCGAAGGGUAGGAAACGCGUUAUCGUUACGCUCAUAUCAUUUUGUGGGCUUCUACCUUUGUUUGUUUCCGGUUCUUUUUUUCCAUCUAUACCAUCCAUUUCCAAGGACAUGAAUACCUCUCCUUCUGUCGUGAGUUUGACGGUUAGUGUUUCCAUCUUCGCCGCUUGCAUCGGAGCACUGGUCGGUGCAUCUUACUCAGGUUUCUAUGGACGCAAACCUGUAUAUCUUGUUGGCCUACCCCUUCUCACCAUUGGAUCCAUAGGAGUGGCUUUCUCCCGUACAAUGCCCGAACUCAUGGUUUGGCGAUUCUUACAAACAUUCGGUGGGAGUCCGGGCCUUUCUGUUGGUGCAGGAGUAGUCGGAGAUAUAUAUCGAUUGGAGGAGAGAGGAACGGCAAUGGGCGUGUUCUUUGGCGCUUGUCUUCUUGGACCCGCCCUUGCACCGCUAUUUGGAGGUGUUAUAUCACAUUAUGCCUCUUGGCGAAUAACGCAGCUGUUUCUCGGCGCAUGGGGAUUAUUGACGUUUGUAUGCAUCGCGACAAUGUUGCCUGAGACGAGUAUUCCUGGAUCAAGAGGAAUUGAUAAGAAACGCGCCGCCCUUGUUGAAAGAAAUAUAGCCUCAGGUGAAAAAUGGUUCAAGAUUAUCUGGAUCAACCCCUUGAAGACAUUGAGCUUGCUAAGGAGUCCGAAUCUACUGGCUGUGGCCCUUGCUGGAACCGUGGUUCUACUUACGGACUAUGUCAUUUUAACACCUCUCUCGGUCACGCUCGGCGCACGAUAUGGGAUAACAAAUCAAGCCAUUUUGGGAGCGUGUUUUAUCCCAAUAGGAUUAGGGAAUUUCAUUGGGGCCCCCAUGGCUGGAUAUCUCUCGGACCAAAUCCUAAAGCGUAAAAGAAUCCAACGCAAAGGAGAAUGGUAUCCUGAGGACCGAUUGAUUGGGACGGUGGUUGCCUCUGCGACGUUGGUGCCAUUAAGUGUGCUGGGCGUGGGCUUGAUCACGACUUAUGUCGAAGGGAAAGUGGGAUUGUAUUUGGAUUUCAUUUGUUUGUUUGCGAAUGGGAUUGGAGUGGAUCUUGUUCUCAGCCCUUCUGCUGCAUACAUUGUGGAUGUAAUGCAUAUGAAAAGUGCGGAAAGCAUGGCAGCCAAUAAUGGCCUACGCUCCCUCCUCAUCUCUUUACUGCUCGCUGCCCUCAUGCCAAUGCUAGACAGCAUCGGGCUAGUGUGGACCAAUGUGAUAUCGGCCUUGUUAGCAUGGCUAGGGUUUGGAUUGCUCUGGUGCACAAUCCGGUAUGGGGAGCAAAUGCGGUCCUGGAUCGAUGUCGGUUAUACGACGAUAGAUGAGACUUGAAGCUCGAGAGAGUGUGGAUUUGGCCAUGUAAAAUGGAAGGCAAUCCCUAUCUCAUAGAAUAUACUCAGUGGAGUUUUGGGAGACCUGUAAUUGCUGUGUAUUCAAGUAAAUGAAGCUAGGUGCCAGGUUCGAGGGCGCAUCAAGUGGAAUUGCUUAUGCACCUCAAAUACGGUAUACCAUCACUGAUCAGUAGUGUCAGAUAGAUAUUAAAUGAGAGGGUAUGAGAAAAAAAAGGCUGUAGACGCAAUACAAGGAAGAACUACAGUAGGAAGAAAUGGAAAGAAACAACAUUAUGAGCAAUGUAGUAGCACAAAAAUGAGUAGGAAUAAGGAUGAAGCAAAUAUCAAGUGCUGGUGCCUGCAGGGGCACUUGGAAUUAUGUAUAAGCAAAGGUGAUUAAUCC